AUGUCCAAAUACGAUGAUUGUUCAUCUCAAAACCAGAUACAUCGUUUAUCUCAAAGAAUCAAGCUGCCACAUCUACCGGCUACACAUGAAAGCCAGUGUGACCAUCACCCAACAUGGCCAUGUGAUCACAAGGUGAUGGCUCACCUGGUCAUUAGGUGA